UUCAGUUGCUUUGUCGUAGUAGAAACUGCUAGAAACUUGUCAAAGUGUAAAUAAGAGUCUGAAAUGAAUAUAGAACUAAUAAGAUAAAGGGUUUUCAUUGCACCAUAGACAUUUUACAGUUACGUUUUAAUCAAAGAGCCAUUAUGCCAGGUCAGUUUGCCUCUUUUUUAUUUUUUUAACUUUUGUUAGCUAAAAAACAACCCGUUCCGCUUUAGCAUGUUGUCCUGAGGAUGGAGUGCACUGACACUAAGGAAGACGCUUCUUUCAACUGUUUACACGCUGAAGUAACGCAAAAGUCUUAGUUAUAGCUAUCUGUGGUUUGUAAGCCCCAAACUAAUUGAAACAGCUUGUUGCUGAAGGUGUUUAAAAAGCGGAUGCCAACGAACGAAAGGAUUGCGGACAGCAAAUAACGCCUAGGUACAGCUCAGAGUAAAGAAAAAUACACACGCCAGUUAGCGUUACAUCAUACUGGUGUCAAAAUGUCAGAGUCUGCUGACAGUCGCACCAAAACGUUAAAUUUCAACGUCGGGGUGCUCGGACAUGUCGACAGCGGGAAGACAUCGCUUGCCAGAGCGCUGAGCAGCACCGCCUCCACCGCUGCUUUCGACAAGAACCCGCAGUCCCGUGAGAGAGGCAUCACGCUGGACCUCGGCUUCUCCUCCUUCACGGUGGAUCUUCCUGAUCACAUGCGGGACAGCGGAGGCCAGCAGCAGUAUGACAGCCUGCAGUUCACCCUGGUGGAUUGUCCGGGACACGCCUCCCUUAUUCGGACUAUCAUUGGGGGUGCCCAGAUCAUUGACCUGAUGAUGCUGGUGGUGGAUGUGGUGAAAGGGGUGCAGACUCAGACUGCAGAGUGUCUGCUGAUUGGAGAGCUGACCUGCCCUCGCAUGGUCGUCGUCCUGAACAAAAUUGACCUGUUGCCACCCAACAAGAGACAGAGUGCCAUUGAAAAAAUGACCAAGAGAUUGCACAAAACACUGGAGAGCACCAGAUUUAAGGAAUGUCCAGUGAUUGCUGUGGCAGCGAAGCCUGGGGGCCCGGAGGCUCCUGACACAGAGGAGCCACAUGGGGUGCCAGACUUAAUAGAGCUUUUGAAGAAGCAUUCGUACCUCCCUCAGAGAGACCCCAAAGGUGACCUUCUGAUGGCUGUGGACCAUUGCUUCUCCAUCCGCGGUCAGGGAACAGUCAUGACCGGAACCAUCCUGCAGGGGUCGUUAGCCAUCAAUGAAACUGUGGAAAUCCCAGCACUAAAGGUGACAAAGAAGAUAAAGUCGGUGCAGAUGUUUCGGAAGCCAGUGUCGGGGGCCAUGCAGGGGGAUCGUGUGGGUGUGUGUGUGACACAGUUUGACCCUAAACUGUUAGAGCGGGGUGUGGUGUGCACCCCAGGGUCCCUGCGCACCCUCUAUGCAGCUGUCAUCUCUGUGAGGAAGAUAGGCUACUUCAAGGGCUCUCUUGCCACCCGUGCUAAAUUCCACAUCACCGUGGGUCACGAGACAGUCAUGGCAAGGGUUACCUUCUUUGGCCUGCCUCCUGUGGUUGCCGCAGAGCCCCCCUCAGACACUAAACCACUUCCAUCACAGCCCUGCUCACUGGAAACACCCUUCACCUUCGACAGGGAGUACUUCUACCAGGAUGAAUAUGCCACCGGUCAGGGGGAGGCGAGUUCAGGACCUGACCCGGAGCAGUGGGCCUUGUUGGAGUUUGAGCGGCCAGUCACAUGUCCCUCACUCUGCCUGGUGAUUGGUUCCAAGCUGGACACAGACAUCCACGCCAAUGCAUGCCGGUUGGCCUUCCAAGGCUGUCUGCUAGAAGGGUUUGAAGAUAAACGCUAUGCUGAGACUGCCCUGCCUCGUCUGCGCAUCUACAAGACGAAACACAAGGAGGGACAGGUGGAAAGGGUGACUGAUGAUUAUACUGUGAUUGGCCGCAACCUGUUCAAGAAGGAGACCAACCUCCAGCUCUUUGUGGGGUUGAAGGUCACACUGUCGACAGGCGAGACUGGCGUUAUCGAGGGUGGAUUUGGACAGAGCGGGAAGUUCAAGAUUCGGGUACAAGAGGGUCUUUGCCCAGAAACCAAGCAGUUGUUAUCGUCCACCUCUAAGAAGAAAGGGAAGGGUGGAAGCAAAGGUGGACCAGCAAAUGAAGAGGAGCCCAAAACAGAUUCUCAGCCUGUUAGUAUUCACUUGCAUUUCAAGCGGUAUGUCUUUGAUCCCCAUAAAAAGAUGGUUCAGUCUUGACCUUUGUUGCGCACACUUCAGCACUGACACUGCGUCACAGUGCUUCAGGCAGUAUCAGAGGUGAGGGGAAUACUGGCCUCUGUAUCAGGAGUAUGAUGACUUUCAUCUAUCAGCCUCUUUUUCUGGGGAUUGAGACAGUCUGCUGAACAACAAUGAUUGUUUUAUCUCCCUUUAUGGAGAUGGACGUAAUCCAGUUUGCUCCAUCACAAGGGUGGAAGCUGCUCUUCUGUUCCUGAUGCAUUUGAGUUGCCUUAAAAAAAAUCAGUUUGUUCUCCUUUAUGAGUCUGAAUCAAUUAUUUUGACUUGCAACAAACUUUCUUGCAGUAUGUUUCUAAUUCAGCUGAGCCUUAAUUGGCAUAAACACAUUAGCUAGCAUUAUAGAAAUACUGAACUCUGAAGGAUUCCACAGAUCUCUGUACUCACUGUCUGCGUCUUGCUCUCUGGCUGGGAUAAAGGUCAUGUUAUGUUUCAGGUUUGGAUUCAUUGGCUGUUGCUAUGUGAUUUCAAAAUAAUUUGUCCGUAUUUCAAUAUUUUUCUUUUUCAUUUCAUUUACUUUAAUAGCAGUUUGUAGAGCCGCAUUUUACCCAGAAAAGCAGUUAUACCAGAGGUUGAAUUGAAUACUGAUCUUUUCAGAAAGACAAAUAAAGCAAGCCUAUGCUGAAACUCUA